GGUGCAGAAUCCUGGAAGUUGUCAGCAUGGUGUGUAGCUUCCUCGGCCAGAAUGUGGCGAACAGGUUGCAGCAAAAACUGGGCGUUCACGAUAUGUGAGCAUGUAAGGGUCUAUAUAAAUACGACCUAGGUAACUCUCAACUUUCCGUCUCGUCGUCCCAGCUGGCUUUCAAUCGACUUCAUUCUCUAUAACAUUAAAGAUUUUUACAUCUUGAAAAAUGGUGAUUCACCCGGACGCUUUCCCAGACAAUGUCUCGCCAGAAGUCAAGGCAUUACUAGAAAAAUAUUUCCAGCUCUCCAACGCGUCGUCUUCGCACAAUGAUCACGAAGCAAAUGAACAGGAAUUCGCAGAGCUCUUUGUGAACGAUGGCACGUAUGAACUUGCAGAGGAGCAAAGCGUGGGGCGUGACGAAAUUAUCUCAUUUCGCAAAAAGCUUUUUGCCAACAUUCCACACCGUGAGCAUCCAGUCGUGAGGAUCUUCACUUUUGGGUCAGAUGAUAUGAACCUGAUGUGUUACGGGACCGUUGGGUAUAAGAUAUCCGACGAACCGGUAAAUAUGCAAGAGUGGGCAGCGCGAUACGAGAUAGUCAGGACUGGACCCGGCGACUUGAGGUUCAAACAUGUCCAAAUCAUAAUCAGCCCCGCCCGGGAUUCUUGAGAGUCUUGAAAAGGAAUGAAGGGAUCCGGAAGACUGUGAGAAUUGCUAGCCCAGUGAGAUCUGCUUUCAGGAGAAGAAAAGAGCUUUUGGAAUGUAGUCAUUAUUUUCGCCGUGCCUUACAGAAUACUUUCUAUAACCAUGACCAACGAAAUGCGCUGUGAUAGAAGCAUCAUAAAACAAGACCAAGCAAACAAACUCUCGUAUACUUUGGGCUUCGGUUCUCAGCUAUGUCUUCGACUCGUAGCUUGAAUAUUAUUAUUAUAACUACUAGCCAACUUAUUAUAUUGCUUUAAGAUCGUAGA